GGAAGCAAACUGUCACCCAACCUCAACGUGCUUCAUGCUAUUUUUUAACCCUCAAAAAAACAAGUUGUGAAAAUCAAAAAUAGUGCGACUUGGAAAACAUUUUUUUGUUUUCAUAUUUAAAACCCAAAAAACAUUGCGAUAAUUCGCAAAAAUGGUACGCCACAAUAAUCAGCUGCCAGAUAAUCUGCCACAGUUGCAGAAUCUAAUAAAACGUGAUCCAGAAUCGUACAAGGAAGAAUUCUCUCAGCAAUAUCGUCAUUUCUUGAGUAGUUUGGAAGUUUUCGAAUUAAAUCCUAGCAAUGAAAAUAAAAGUCUUGAUGAAUUGGUUAUGUUUAUUGCGCAGGUCGCACAAUGCUAUCCCGAUGUGUGCCUCCAAUUUCCUCAACAUUUGGUCGAUUUGUUGAAAAAUCAUGCCACAACUUUAGACCCACAAAUGCGUAAUUGCUUUGUCAAAGCUUUGAUUCUGCUGAGGAAUAAAAAUCUUAUCCCAGCAUUGGAUUUACUCGAACUCUUCUUUCAAUUGCUUCGUUGUCCCGACAAGAAUCUGAGGACAUUCCUUCAGAAUCACAUCAUCACUGAUAUUAAGAACAUGAAUGCCAAACACAAGGACAUGAAGUUAAAUUCGACCCUUCAAAACUUCAUGUAUUCAAUGUUGAAAGACACCAAUCCCAGAGCCGCCAAAAUGUCUGUGGACAUUAUGAUCGAGUUGUAUAAGAAAAACGUUUGGAACGAUCCCAAAACAGUCAACGUCAUUGCAACAGUUGGAUGCUUUUCAAAGAUCACAAAGGUUCAAGUUGCCUCACUGAAAUUCUUCCUUGGACAUGACGAGGAAGACAAAGACCCCGAUGAAUCUGGAAGUGAGGACGAAGUUGAUUUGAAAAGUGCCCUGAUGUCGAAUCGUGUCAACAAAAAGACCAAAAAACGUAAGAAGCAGUUGGAGGCAGUCAAGAAACAGGUGGUAAAAGCAUCAAAGAAAAAGAAGAAUGCUGAACCGUUCAACUUUUCUGGCAUUCAUUAUAUUCACAAUCCACAAGGAUUAGCCGAGGGACUGUUCAAACAAUUGCAAUCUGGAAAUGAACGUUUCGAAGUGAAAUUGAUGCAUCUUGAUGUGAUAUCACGUCUCAUUGGAAUCCACGAUCUAUUCCUUUUCAGUUUCUAUCCAUAUAUCACGAGAUUCAUUCAGCCACAUCAACGGCAAGUUACAAGAAUCCUUCAAUUUGCUGCUCAGGCUUCACACGAACUGGUGCCAGGUGAUGUCUUGGAGCCAGUUCUCAAGACAAUUGCAAAUAAUUUCAUCACAGAGAGGAAUUCCAGUGAUGUAAUGGCCAUUGGAUUGAAUGCUACUCGUGAGAUAUGUAGCAGGUGUCCCCUGGCGAUGGGAGAAGAGCUGCUACGAGAUUUGGCCAUGUACAAGGCCUACAAGGAGAAAUCAGUGAUGAUGGCUGCAAGGUCACUCAUUAUGUUGUACCGAGAACAGUUGCCAGCAAUGUUGCAUAAGAAGGAUCGUGGUAGACAAACGGAAGCACAGGCAGAACGAAAGAUUAAGGAAUACGGAGAAGUUCAUGCCCAUGAGAGUGUUCCUGGAGCAGAAGUGUUGUUGAAGAAAUCGAAGACAAUCGAUUUAGGUGAUUCCGAUGAUGAUUCUGAUUCGAAUGAUGGUCAAUGGGUGGAUGUUUCGGACAGCGAAGGUGGACCGGUGUCGGAUGGAGAUGAUGACGAUGAGGAAGAUGAAAGUGACGAAGAGGAGGAUGAUGAUGACGAUGAUGAAGAAGAAGAAGACGAUUCUGGAGAAGAUGAAGAAGAGUCUGAUGAGGAAAGUGAAAACGAAGAAGAAGAAGAAACCACAACUUCAAAGAAAUCCAAUGUUCCCAAAAAAUCCGCCACCAAAAAAGAACCAAAAGAAAAGAAACAAAAACUCCCCAAGGAAGUCAAACUACUCAAUGAAAAAGAAGCUGCUCAAGAACUUGCAUUAACAAGAAUUUUCACCGAUGAAGAUUUCAAACGUAUUGACAUGGCCAAUAUUAAGAAAGCUGUUACAAACAGUCGCAAACGGCCACUAGAAAAAGACAAGGCUGAAUUUGUUAAACUCGAUAAUAUUGAAAUGAUUUACAAGAAACGAAAACACGAUAAGGAUUCCCGUUUGGAAACAGUUAAAGAAGGAAGAAAGGAUCGUGAAAGAUUCGGUUAUAAAGAUGGUCGCAAGAAUGAGAAUUGUUCGACUACGAAUCGUGAGAAACGCAAGGGAAAGAACUUUAUUAUGAUGAGGCAUAAAGCUCGAGGUAAGGUCAAGAAGAGUUUCAAGGACAAACAAAAGGCACUCAGAGAUCAUCUACUUAAGCAAAAGAAAAUGAAGUAGAAUAAUUGAUUUCUUUUUUUUUUUAGUUUGACCUAGAUUUGAUAAGUUUUUGAAAAUAAAUGAUUUUUAUUUUUUAAAAUA